AUGGCGUGGGAGCGGGUGUCGGCUUUGCUGGACGAGACGCGGAGGGCAACGGAGGAAGCGACAGUUGCCAUGAAGCGACUCAAGGACGUCAAUACAUCCAUCAUAGGGUUCAAUGCUGGAAUGGAGAAAUUGCUCAAUGGGGUAGUUACGGCAGCUGUUGCUCUAGAUCUCGAUGUCAGCAAGAAUACACAGAAGGCGGUUCAAGAGAAGGAGAACAGAUCAUUAGGGAGCGAUGAACUGCACGAUGACGUCGAGCAAGAUGACAUCUCGGAAACAGCAGCAGUGAAGCUACCCAGCUCCUCACAAAUCCAAGAGUUCUUCAAAGAAAAACUUCCAAAGAAGUUUCAUACAACACUUCACCUCAAGCAAUUAGAGAUGGUUUUAAGGAAAAUCUCUGAAAGCUCAAACCCCAUGAAAGCUUCAGACAUCGCUUCCAAGACAGGGAUCGGGAAAGUCCAGAUCGAUGAAUAUCUCUCGGCCCUAACCAAAUUGGGGGAAGUUCGGAGGGGACGGAACGUGGUAAGGGUGAAGGCGAACGGGCGUGCGAUUCUCUAUCGCUCCAUCCAGCACACUUCCAAGGUAAAGAAGUCAGAAAUUGAGCCUUUCCUAGCAGUGUUCCUCGGCAUCUUGAAGCACUGA